UCGAGAUGAAUUCUGCAACUUGCAUUUCAACAAUCCUGCCAGAAACAUGGCCCACCUGCCCCACCACUGAUCUGCUGACACAUGCAGAGAUCAAUUUUGCAACUUGCAUUUCAACAUUCCUGCUUGAAGUGCGGAUCUCCUGCCCUUCAGCACACAUGGCCAGUCACAUGCCAAGACGAUGGAAUGCUGUCAGCGAGCAGCAUGGAAGACGCAGAGAGAGUGGUGGUCAGGUGGUGGUGGAGACAGGGAGAGUAUGUGGCCUGGAGAUUAACAAACAGAACACCAAUAAUCUUGUGACCUCCAUGCACCCUUCCUAAUGUCAAUAAAGUUGUCUUAUCAUGCCCAAAA